AUGGCUCCCCGUAUUGUUCUUAUCCGGCACGCCCAAGCGCUGCACAACGUCAACAAGGAAUAUGACAUUCACGAUCCUCCUCUGUCCGAACUCGGCGUGGAGCAGUGCGCCCUCCUCCGCCAGAGUCUCCGCGACCGGUUUGCUUCUCUUCCGCUGGAGCUAGGCGAGGUGGCAAUCAUUGCAAGCCCCAUGAGGAGGACCCUGCAAACAGCCCAACUUUCCCUGGACUGGCUCGUAGAUCGAGGGAUCAAGAUAGUUGCGAAUGCAGAUUGGCAAGAAAACUCGGACAAGCCUUGUGAUACCGGAUCGCCCAUUUCUGAUGUCUCCGCUGAAUUCCCAUCCGUGGACUAUGGUUCCCUUGACCCCAUUUAUCCCGACAAGACGAGCGCUGAGGCGACUCGCUAUGCCCACACGCGCAGCUCAAUCCUGUCCCGCGGAAAGCGUGGCCUAGUCGAUCUCUAUUCUCGCCCGGAAAAGAUCAUCUUUGUUGUUAGCCACUCUGGAUUUCUUCGAGUGGGUGUUGUGGGAUGGUGCUUCGCCAAUGCUGAUUACCGUUUAUUUGACUUUGUUGCCGAGAAGGAGGGCGACGGGCAGUUUAACUUGACCCAGGAUGAGACCACACUGGCCGGAGGGCUGGGACUUUCACGAACAUCGCGGGCUAUGCUGGGUGAGGAUCUGCCUGAGACUUUAGCACAGGUCGUGUAG